GUGUGACCUGACGAUGGCAAAGCAGGUUCUUAGCUAAGAUACAAUGGAAUAAUGCACAAUCUCAGACCUCAGCAAGAACUCUUUCUGGUUAGACCAGCGUCAAAGGUAGUAAAAUUAGCAAAAGCAAAAAAGGAAGUCUGAUUAGGUGGAUUCAGUUGCAGCAAACUUUGAUUAAGAUCUCCAAGGGAGCUGCUUUAAGAUGCGUUGGUUUGAACCACGUGAAAACAUCAUCGUCACUGUUGACCGAGCUCUGUACUGCUCAUGGCUAUAGGAUAGAUACCUCUGUCACAUUCCCUUUCUGUUACAAAAUCUCUCAGGAGUGAAUUGAGUUUGACUUAAGACUUUGAGAGGUCGCACUCGUUCCCUUUUUCCAUCCACCGAGAUCAGUUGUUAUGGGGGUGUUCUUGAGCGUGUUGCUAGUUUUGAGUUUGUAUGGGGUGGGCACUCCCAGCGGUGAUGGGGCUCUUGUUCUUGGGUACUACCAAGAGAAUUGCCCUCUGUUGGAAGAAAUCGUGCGGCAUAGCGUUGAGCGCGCGGUGUAUAGAGAUCCUCGAAUGGCGGCCUCUCUGCUACGUCUCCAUUUUCACGACUGUUUCGUUAUGGGUUGCGAUGCAUCGGUUCUUCUAGACAGUUUCGAUGGCAUGGUGAGCGAGAAGCAGGCAUUGCCUAACCUUAACUCCUUGCGCGGGUUUGAGGUGAUUGACGAGAUAAAGUAUAAUCUGGAAGAGGCGUGUCCAUACACAGUCUCCUGUGCCGAUAUUCUAGCCAUCGUCGCUCGAGAUGCAGUCGAGCUCAGAGGAGGGCCAAGGUGGGAAGUGUGGCUAGGCAGGAGAGACUCUCUCAAGGCAAGCUUUGAUGGAGCCAACAAGUUCAUACCUGCUCCAAAUUCCUCCCUUGACACCCUAAUUGAAAACUUUAGGCAACAGGGCCUGGAUGAAGGAGACUUGGUUGCCUUAUCAGGUAGUCACACGAUGGGAAAGGCGCGGUGCCUGAGCUUCAGGCAAGGGAUUUACGAGGAAAGCACUGAACGACGCCACGAUCAUUUCCAGAGAUACACCACCUUCUACGACAUCCUACGGUCCAUAUGCCCCGAGACCGGAAGCGACGAUAGAUUAGCACCGCUCGAUCACGUGACGCCUUUCGAGUUCGACAACCACUACUUCCUCAACAUCCUCCGAGGCAGGGGUCUCCUACCGUCCGACAACGCCCUCAUCAAUGAAGACCAUGAAGGUGUCGUUUUAAGGCACGUCUGGACCUACGCCGCGGACAGCGAAUCUUUCUACCGCGCUUUUGCGAACUCGGUCAUGAAGAUGGGGAGCAUCAACGUGCUGGCCGAAAGCGAAGGAGAGAUCAGGAGAAAAUGCCGGUUCAUCAACACUUAACUUCUUAGAAAUGUGCAGCUUAAUCACAUGUCUAUGCAAAAAUGAGAUUUAGCCAGUGAUUGGAUAUCAUAUGCAUCAGGGGAUUUUACAAGUUUUGACCUAGAAGACUUUGAACGAACUAAGUGCAAUCAGUCCAA